AUGUUCCAAAUCAUCCCCCGCCAUGUGAUAACCCGACGAGUGGUGCCCCUCACCGUGAGGGGAACAGCACCACGCCUCACUCCUCUCUAUCGCCAAACCCCCCUUCGUUACUACAGUGACAAGAAGGACUCUGACAAACUUAAUCAAGAGCCAAAGAAACAGGCCACCGAUCCCAGCACCACCACUACCACCACCAAGCAAGACGACAUCCUCUCCCUCCGUCAAAAACUUCACAAAACCAACACCUGGCACGAAGCCGACCAACUCCGGAAACAGAUCCGAAAACAUGGGGAAGAAGUGACAGAAACACCAACCACAUCAGCGACACCAGUGGCACCAGCCACAUCAGCAACAACAGCAACACCAGCGAUACCAGCGACACCAGCGACACCAGCAACCCCAGCACCAGCAACAUCAGCAACACUAGCAAAACCAGCAACACCAACGACACCAACAACACCAACAACACCACCAACCCCCGCCCAAGCCGUCAACCCCCCAGCCCAACCCCCAAUCGACCUCCUCCUAAAACAACAGCUCUCCCUCCACCUAUCCCGCCUCAUCCAAGAAUCAACAGACCAAACCCUCCAAAAACUUGCCCCCCUCACCAACCCCACCACCACUCCAGGCAUCGUCAAUACCCUCAAAAGAAUCGAAAGAAGAGCCUGGGCCUGGAGGAUCUUCCUCCUCACUGCCGCCCUGGCCGGGACUGUAGUCCUAAUCCCCGAGCACGAAAGGGAGUACUACAUCUACCGCUUCAACGACGCGUGCGAAGAGGUGAAGGGGUGGUUUGACGAGGAGGUGAGAGAGGCCAGGAGGAAGAAGAGGGAGGAGCAAGAGCUGGAACAGGAGAGGGGUGUUAUCGAGGCGUUGACGAGGAGCGACAUCAAGGUUGAGGCCUACCCUUCGCGAGAUGAUCAGCGUCUGUCCAUCCUGUCAAAGUUCUUGUUUGUCCUGUUUUGGUGCUUUUGCUGGUCGGGGGGUUUUACCGGGUUGGUGCUCCCGGGGAGGGUGUUCAGGGGUGGGAAGGUUGAGUAA